UUGAGGUAUGGAUUCAAGCGCAGCAGAGAAACAGGCUCAUGUAGUUUGCGUACCUUACCCGGUUCAAAGCCACAUAAAGGCAAUGUUAAAAAUGGCGAAACUCCUUCACAGCAAAGGCCUUCUAGUUACAUUUGUAAAUACAGAGUUCAAUCACAAACGUUUCCUCAAUUCAGGAGCUCUUCAAUCUCUUGACAGCCUUAAGAGUUUCAGAUUCGAGACAUUACCUGAUGGCCUUCCUGCAUCUGAGGCUGAGGCCACCCAAGACUUACUUGAACUUUCUCGCGCUGUCAUAGAGAACAACAUGCUGCCUGCAUUUCAGAGCCUUCUUUCGAAGCUCAAUGCAGGAACACAUAAGGUCACUUCCAUCCUCUCUGACGGCUUCAUGCCAUUCGCGGCUGAUGCUGCACAUUCACUUGGAAUUCCUGUUGUUCUGCUUUGGACAAUUUCUGCUUGCGGAUUUAUGGGAUUUUAUCAGUUCAGAAAUUUGCUUGAAAGGGGUCUUAUCCCAUUAAAAGAUGAAAGCUAUCUAACAAACGGAUAUUUGGACACCACAAUAGACUGGAUCCCAGGAAUGCCAGAUAUCCGUUUAAGAGAUCUCCCAACCGCUAUCAGGACAACAGAUCCAAAUAAUUUCAUAUUUAACUUCGUCAUGGAAUGUACUCAGAGAGCAAUAAAUGGAACAUCACAUGUACUUCAUACCUACGACGAUUUGGAACAAGAACUUGCAAAUGUCAUCUCAUCUAUGUUUACCAGUGUAUACACAAUAGGCCCUCAACAGAUGCUGCUUGACCAAAUGCCACCUGAUCAGGAACAGCGUCUGAAGAGCAUCGGAUAUAGUCUUUGGAAAGAGGAUAGCACAUGUCUUCAAUGGCUUGACUCUAAAACAGCUGAUUCUGUAGUUUAUGUGAACUUUGGAAGCAUAACAGUCAUGUCUGCAGAGCAGCUUAUGGAGUUUGGCUGGGGUCUUGCUAAUAGCAAUUGCUUCUUCAUAUGGAUCAUUAGGCCAGACUUGAUAAUGGGUGAAUCCGAAGUUACUCUAGGUGUUGAAUUUAUGGAUGCCAUCAAGAAUAGAGGCCUAAUUUCAAGCUGGUGUGCACAAGAGGAUGUCCUCAACCACGUGUCAGUGGGCGGGUUUUUAACACAUGGAGGAUGGAACUCAACCAUAGAGAGCAUAUCAGCUGGAGUACCAAUGCUCUGUUGGCCUUUCUUGGGAGAUCAAACUAUAAACUGCAAGUACUUAUGUGACCAAUGGGAGUGCGGAAUGGAGAUACCUAAUGAUGUGAAUAGAGAUGAUAUGGAGAAGCUGGUUAGACUGUUGAUGGACGGAAUGGAGGGUAAGAGAAUGAGAAACAGGACUUUGGAAUGGAAGAGAAAGGCGAAAAAGGCGUGUGGUCCAGAUGGCUCAUCUUCUCAUAAUUUGGACAAACUGGUUCUGCAUUUGAAGAACUAGAUUGCUAGCACUGAUCUUGCAUUGUCUCUGGGCUUGGCUUGUUCCUAGCAUGACAUGGACUUGCAUCUUAGGCUUGGCUUGGCUACCUGAUUCAUUGUUAAAUUUUAUGAAAGUUCAGUAUAGAUCAUUAAGGUUGGGAUUUAAUAGAUGAAAUAAUUCGAUCAGAUUUAGUUUUUCGAGCA